AUGGACGGCACGGUGCGGCACUGCCUGAGCUGGGCCGAGGUGCGGGAGGUCAUGGCGUCCAACGCGCUCGAGAAGCUGGGCCGUCUGCCCGAACAGCUGGGAUGCUACCGACAGCAGACGGAGGUCAUGCGCAGUGAGUUCGUCACGGUGGGGGACUUCAUCCUGCACCACCGGUUCGGCUUCCCCUACCUCACCCGGCCAGAGGACGGCAAGAAAACUGACGACGACGACGGUGGUGAGGGCGUUCCCCGCACGACCUCCGGAGGCUCCGAGCGCGUGGUGUGGGCCAAGAACGACUUCCCCUACGCCCUGGAAGCCGACAUCAGCCACUUCCUCCUGUGGAGCCUCCAGCCUCUGCCACCCCAGCAGCUGGAGCAGCUCAUCCAGCAGCACGUGGUCCCCGACGAGGAGUUUGUCUACUUUGUCAACCCGCCUGCGCUGCAGAGCGUCCAAAACGUCUUCCACGCGCACGUGCUCACGCAACCAACGCUACGAACGCGCUGGCCCUUCUAA